GGAGCUUUGUAUUUUUGCACUUUGCAGCACAGACUACGACGGCCGAACACGACUAUCUCUGAUCGAUCGUACGUCGUGCUCGAUGGUCUUACGGUAUACAUAUUAUGAAGUGUACGCGUUGAUGCGUUGUUUCUAACACAAAAUAUAACGAACGGACGAUUAAUUAAUUAUAAUCAAUAGAUAGGUAUAUUAUAAUAAAUUAUAUCGUAUCCGCCCGGAAAUGACUUCGUCAUCCGUCAAUGUACAGACCGCCGGGAUGUCGGACUCUGCGGCGGCGGCAGCAGCUAUAGACGACGGGUCAGGGGCCGCGUCCUGUAAUCGCAAUCCGCUGCUGUGUUUCCUGUGCGAGGACUACUACGACGAUCCUUGUAUCCUGAUAUGUUUUCACACGUUUUGUGCCAAAUGCAUCCGGACAAAAAACCAGGAUGGAAAAAUCAACUGUCCCUUGUGCGGAACACAAACGACGUUGAAAGAAGGUGUACAGUUACCACCUCCCGACUAUUUGAUGUGCAAAUUGAUCGAUAUGGUGAACGUCGAGAACCCUCCUUGUUCCAACUGCGAUAAACGCGAUCCGUCCUCAAUGUAUUUCUGCUCUACUUGUGGUCAAGCUUUAUGCAAGCCCUGCCGAGAAAACACUCACCGUGCAAAAAUGUUUUCGUCACAUGACAUUGUGCAAAUGUCCAAGCGCUUGGCGGACAAAACAGAAAUAUGUCCAAAGCACGACGAAAAGAUCAGCUAUUUUUCGAGUACUCAGAAACAUGUGAUCUGUACCAGUUGCGUACGCGAAAAGCCUCCCGAGAGUCGCAAGGCAUGCGUAGACAUAGACGUAGCUUAUAAUCAAAACUUGAAAAAAUUAGAUAGAGCACUUUUAUCGGUGUACGACAUGCAGAGUACAAUUCGCGAAGGUGUAGUGGCUUGUCACACACUUCUUGAAGAGCUGCGACAAAACACAGACACGGAAAAACUUACUAUACAUAAUUUUGUGCAAACGCUCCACGACGCUAUCAACAAAAUACAAACUGAUAUGCACUUGGAAGUCCAACGACAAUAUGAAAUAAAAGAAAGAGCUUUUCGUAAUCAGCUUUUGACUUUAAGUGCAGUGCUUCCCAUUUUGCAACACCAUAUUCUUCUAUGUAGAAACUUUGUAUCAACUUCAAAUAAGUAUCAUUUUCUUGAAAUUGUGUCUUUAAUGCUCGACCGAUUAAACACUAUUGUGAAAAUUCCACAGCCGACAAAGCCUUUAUUGACUAGUACAAUAAAAACAAAUUACCGUUCUGAGUUUGCUCAGUGUUUGGAACCAUGGUUUGGUAAGUCAGAUGUAAUGGACUCUGGUAUAUAUGAAUCAUCGAAAUAUAUAAACAGCCUAGCAGCUAAGUCUAAAGAAAAUUUAAACUUAUCUCAUUCUACAUUACCGAGUAAAAGACAACAUUCUGCUUUAAAAGCUAAAGCUUUAGAAGGCGAAGGUACUUUUUCUAAUCAUUGUCGAAGUUUUGAUUCUCAGAUCAAGGAACUCGGUACUCAAUUGAGUUGUGUAAAAGACCGAUUAAAUGAGUUGCAGAGAGAAGUAAGAGCUCUCCAAGGUACUAAAUCUCCUGCUGUGCCUCCUUUGAUUUUACGGCAUCAAAAUAUUAUUAGGGAUUGUCUUCGUUUAAAUGACACUCUUGAUAAAAAUCGAAUAGAACUAGAAAGAUUAAGAUCAGUGUUCCAAACCAUUUGGCAAGAGCAAUUGUAUAGAAUUCAUGUUGAACAAGAUAUAUUCCAGUCACAAAUGACUGAUAUUACAAAUUUGCAAAGUGAAGUUAAACAGUUAGCAACAUUAGCACAACAAUUAGAUCCUUAUGUCAAGCGAUUGACGUCAAAACCAAAUAAUAAUGAAAUGGCAGAUUUAAAGAGUUUAUUGGAUCGACUGAGUUCUCUUCAGCAAACUCAAAGAUUUCCAAUGGGAUGCCACAAAAUGGAAUCUCAUUGUAUGAGUAGUUCUUCACCUUUAUCGGACACAAUAUAUGCCAAAGAAAAUAGACCAGAAACUCCGGUUAGAGAAAAAGAUCAACAAAUGCUAUAUUUUCAUAAGACGCAAUCAACUAAAAGUGUAUUAUCUCAUAUAGUAGACAAAGUCUGUGUACGGGACAAAACUUUUCAAGAAUUUAGAGAAAGAAGCAAGUCUGAGGGCCGUAUAAAAGAUUGUCCAAUUAGAUCAAAACCAAAAAAUGUUGUAGGCGAAGAGUGCGUAAAAAAUACAAGAGCCUGUUCUUUAUAUCAAAUGAUAGACAUUCGUGAUAUGCAACAUCUGGCCGCUCAAUCAACUUCAAAUAUACAUGAGAGGGAUUUAAAUGCUGAAAUGAUGUGUGAUAAGUUAAGAGAAUAUUUAAAAGAUCAUUUGAAAAAAAAACUAAAUGUUGAGAUCAUCGAUGACGAUAAAGGAUACCAAAAACAAGAACAUAAAAAACCGUUUGAAUACAUUGAAGGAAUGAUUGGAGAAGUUGAAACUAUCAGUUGUGAAGGAGCAAAAGUUUGUCGUAAACAAGGAGGAAGAAUUCAUAAGAAACCUAUGCCACCACCCGCUCAAGAUCCUAUGCCUAUACCUGUAGCUGCGCCGAGAAAAUAUAAGAGAUAUCCACAUUCGGACACUGAAGAUGGUGCAAUGUAUCAAGAAUCUAUGUCAUUCCGGCAUAUUACUUCUCCCGAGGGUGAUAAAUGUACUCGUACAACAAAUUCAGUUCGUUGUCGAUCUAAAAAAACAGGACCUGUUCGGAAGCAAAGAUCUUGGGAAACGUUUCCAACUCGAAAGAAAUCAAUUACUCCAGAACCAAGUAAAUUUUGUCGUGAUCCAGAAUCUUUUCGUAGUCAAUUUGAUCUCAAUACUUUUCAAGACGGUUUACGAAAAGCUGAUAGUUUUGAAGGACAUGAAGAAGCUGUAAGUUCACUUGUAAGAGAAUUUCAUAAAGUACGUUCUUUAGAUAAGAAAUCAAAGAAGGCGGAACAAUAAAAAUAGUUUAUACUAUUAAUAUAUUCAUAUAAAAAAAUAAUUAUAUUUAAAGUAAUUUGUGUUAAUAUUUUUAUUAUAUGAUUUAAGUAAAUAUAAGGUUUUUAAAGUUUAUAAACUCAAUUAUAAAAUAAGUAUUUUUUAUUAAAUACUUUUUAUUUAAUGUUCACCCAGUUAAUUAUGUGUUGAUUAGGUAAUAAUAUUUAUAUAUUUUUAUUUUAGAAAACAUGUCUGGUCCUAGUUCGAUAAAUAGAUAUGUUUUUAAUUUUCUUUUAAUUUUUAUAGCCUAUUAUAACAGUUUUAUUUUACAUUCUAAUUAAUUUGUUUUUAAGACUUGUAUCUCAUAUUUAAUUAAUUGGCAUUUAAAAAUUGUUUUCAUUAAGUGGCCGCUACACUAACAUUUGUUUCCUUUGUCUAUUUCCUACAUAAUAUAAGAACAAAGAUAUUCCGUAUUUCCACGAUUACGACUUUAUGAUUCAGUUUAGGGCAAAGGUAUUUAUUAUAAAUUUUAUAAAAAAGAAUAUUUCCUGUGCAUUAACCAGAUAGAUUUUUAAUAUUUACAUUUUUCAUAAUUUUUUUUAAUUUAAAAUAAUGUUGAUUAUUUUUAACCAUUAAUAAUUUAUUCAACAAUGUAAAUAUUAAAAAUCUAUUAUGGUAUAAUAACAUAUUAUACAGUAUAUAAUAUAUAUAACUAUAUAAGUUUAUAGCAACUUAUAAAUUUUAUUUCCAUUGAGUACCAGAGUACCUACCAUGUCCAUGUAGUAUAGUAUAUUAUAUUAGGUACUAUAGUUACUAUACAAAUACAAUACGCAUGUUUGACAUGUUUUUAAGUAUUUUAGAUUAUGGAUUUUGUAAUGGAUCCAUAUAUUUUAAAGUACCUUCCAAUUUCUACUUUAUGUAAAUAUGUAAUAAUGAUAACAUCUCCAUGUUAAAUUAAAACUUUUUCAUAUUAAUUAUUAAUUAAUAUGUUUUAUACCCUUGUGGCUUAUUCCAUUCAACAGUUUACCUUGGUAUGAUGUGUUUAUAAUUUUUUAAUAAUUAAAAGUUAAUUAGCAAAAUAGCUCUUCUUUUUUUAUUUAAUUUUAGGCUUAUUUCAAUAACUCCGCAAUCCGCAUAAAAACUUAUACUUUGUAUUGAUGAUUCAUAAAUCAUAAUAAGUUUAAUGUGUAUAAUAUCUGAUUGCAAUGGUCCUAGAAUUUGUACUCUGUGAAACUAUAUUUAUUUUAUUUUAAACCGCAACCAUGUAGAUAUACUUAUAUCUAUCAUCUAUGAGUUAUAAUGUUAGUACCUACAGAAACAAUAAUAAUGUAAAAGCUAAGUAUUUAAUUAUAUCAUUAAGAGGACAUUACAUACUAAUUUGAUAUAUUUGUUUUACAAAUAUGACUAAAUUUACUUUAUGCACUUCCAAUAAAGUUUUGUUGCUUUUAUAUUAGAGUAAAUUAACAUCACUUGUGUUAUCUCGUUGAUCUUUACUUUUUUUAAUAUUUUUUUUAAAGCAUAAUUAUAGGUACACAUAUAGAUUAUAGAUAUAAUAAUAAUAAAAACAUACUUGUAAUCCUCGCUUUUAAUUAAUAAGAUAAUUUUAUUGUCUAUAAGUUAAAUAAUAGAUAUUUGAAUUUACUCCAUUAUUAAAAAUAAAAAUAACAAAGCUAUAUUGUAAAUGAGUAAUGUAAAUGUGUUAUUUAUUUUUACCUAGCUAUAUAUCUACGUAUGUCAGAGACAACAAAUGCGUAUGGAGCGUCCUCUUUAAAUGAUCGUAUAAUACGUAGCCACGUAGGUACUUACAUAAUAUAUUAUGUACAUGUUAGGUAUACGUUAAAAUAAUAUUAAAUUUAUGUCUUAAUAUUAAAAUGCUAUAUAUCAUCGUUAAUUUAUUGUUAUAUCGUAUUAUUUAAAAUGUUUUCUCUGAUGUUUCAUAUCAAUUUAAUACGCCUUGUAUAAUUUGAAAUUGAAUUUGUAAAAAAAGUAUUAUUUUUAUUAUUUGUAUUUUAAUAACCAUUGAUUAUUGUAUAAAUAAAAAUAAUAAAAAUGUUUGAUUAUUUUAAUAAGAAUAAAAGUUUUACUAUAAUAUGAUAAUAAAAAAAAACGAUUAGGUAACAUUUUUUAUAUUUCAAUUAAUUAUUACAGAACUCUUUUCUCCAAUACAUUUUAGAGAUUGCAUAAUGUUAUUUUAAAACGUUAUAAUUUUACUAUUUAAAAUUUCAGGAUUUGUUUAUUACUUAUUUAUACUUACAUCAAGAAUUUAUUUAUAUAUUUUUAAUAUUUUUAUCAUACAUAUUAAUAUUUUCUAUCAUUAUAGGUGCCUACACAAUACAACUGUAUUAUUGUUUCUGUUUGUAUCAAAUAUUAAUGUAUAAAGCAGUUAAAGUUUUAAAACACAUAUAAUAAAAUACAUAUUAAUUAAUUAAUAAUAUUAUCAACCCCGAUUAACUUUAUAAAAUCAUGUAAUAUACUGAUUACUGAUAUUUUAUUAUAUUAAAAAAUAAAAACCAUAACGUAGGAUAAACACCACAUUCAAACACAUACAUAUUUGUUUAUCAUCCUCAACGCUCAAAUAACAAGGCACAGAAACCUAGUAUUUACAAUUUCAAAGAAUAAGAAAAUAAAAAUAUUAUGAAAUCACUGUAUAGAUUGAUAUACUAUAAUAUAAUAUAAUAUAUCAACUACUACUACCUACUAACUAUACAUAACAGUGUUAUUUCUGAAUAUAGCUUAUGUAGAAUGUAGGAUUAAUAUUUUCAGUAAUCAUAUCUGAUUCUUAAUAAGUUACAUUACCUGUAUACUGUAUUUAAUUUAAGGUAAUUAUUUGUAAGACGAUAAGUGAAAUCAAUUUAGUACUCAAAUGGUAACAUAUUAUAUUGUUUCAUAUUACAUAAAUAUGUAAUAAUCAAAUGAUUAAACCUAAAGGCUAAAAUUGAGUAAAAUGUAUAUUGAAUCUAUGGAUACUUAGUUAUAACUCAUAAACAAACGAAAUUUUUACUUCUUUGGUUUAUAUUAUUGUAAUUUUAAAUUACUAAAAAAUUAAAAAAUUCUUAUUUUUAAGUUUUUUCUCUUCUUCAAGACACUUAAUUUUUUCAGAUUAUUUAUAUACCUAAUAUUGAUUACAUUGUUUUAAUUUUUAUACCUAUCUAUUAUUGUAUAAUUUUGUUAUAAAUAAAGUAUCUGCAGUAUAU